AUGUCGAGACGCGCUGGAAUCGAGUCGGCCAAUAUCGUCGAUGGCCCACGUAAGCGUCUGCGUGGGAACAACGACGCUUCAGCCGAUGAUGCAUCAGCCGCUGCCCCUUCCGCUAGCACCUCUACCGCCAGCACAGCCGGAAUGGGCGCAAUCGAGCGCAGGAUUCACAGCCUUUCGCACAGACAAGUGGCGCAGCAGGGUCAAAGACUCAUGGACACGGUGAUGGAAGCCAUCGACCCCACCGACGGCGCUCCCCUCCACGAAUACUUCCUCGAAUUGCCCGACGCUAAUGACUAUCCGGACUACUUCGACCUGAUCAAGAGACCGAUGGCUCUCGACCAGAUCCAAGCCAAGCUCGACGACACCACCCCCACUGGCCGCUACGCCACCCUUCCAGACAUCAAGCACGACUUUGAGACCAUCUGCAACAACGCAAAACGCUACAAUCAACGCGACACUCCCGUGUGGCUCAAGGCUAGGGAUCUGCACAGUCUCGUCAAGAUCACCUAUGUUCAGAUCGUCGAAACAUUGCCAGAACCAGAACCCAAUCCGCCCGACAUGACUCCUGCUGCUACUGGCGCUGAGGGGGCUCCUUCAGGUGCGGAAGCGUCGACUCCGGCCCGGUCCAAACGCAUUACACUACGUACUUCCAAAUCAACACAGAAGCUCAACGACCAGGUCCAGCCAAAAGCAGAAGUGCAGGAUCAGCCAAUCCCACCCAUGCCCACCACUUCCAAGGCGCCGUCCGACUCGAGAGAUGCUGUAUCCAACGCGCCUUUCACACCCUCUCGCCAGCAAAGCCAGCAGCCCUACACCGCUGCUGGCACUCCCAGCUCUGCAGCAGAUGACGACGAUGCUGACGCUGACGGCGACGAUGACGAAGACGGCGACUCGUCCAAGCUCACAAAGGGCGGCCUCUUCGACGGUCGGAAGCGUCCCGGAAAACGAGGAAAGCGUCUCAAAGCCACCCUUCGCCAGCUUGUUUACGACCUGCGUCGCGUCAUUGGAACACGCGGCUAUCCCAUCGUGCAGCACUUUGAAACACUCCCCGAUCGACGCGAGAAUCCGCAGUACUAUCAGGUGAUCUCCAAACCCAUCUCCCUGCGUGAGAUCGACAAUCGCGUCUUCGAGAAAGUCUACAUCAAUGCGCACGCGCUCUUUGUCGACCUCGAGUUGAUGCUCAACAACGCCAUGUCCUUCUACCCUCCGGACUCGCCCGUCUGGCAAGAUGCAGCGGAGAUCCGACAAUACUUUGAACGUGAGGCCAUCCCCGCACUCAUGCAGGACGGGUUUACUCUGGAAAAGGACGACAAGAGGCAGUCGGCUCUGCCGCUUCAUCUCGCUGCCAACAGCACCAUCGAAGCGCACAAGAACGCAUACAAGAUGCUCAUUUCCAAGACGGGCGGAGAGGGCGCAUCUCAGAGUCCCGAGCCCUCAUCGCAGUCCAGACUCGGGUCCGUCGGUCUUGCUGGAUCGCCUGCGAUGGCAGCCCAUGGGCUGCCAGCUGGGUCGUCUGCCGUGUUUGGCUCACCCUCGCCCGCGGCACAAGCCACGUCAACGCCAAAUGCACACGCGCCGAUGAUGAUGGGGACGCCAGGCUCCAUGCCCAUGUCGAUGCCCAUGCCACCGCCUGCUUCGAUGUCGCCUAUGCCUGGCAUGCCACCAGGCAUGGGCAUGGCUGGCUCGCCUGGGCGACCCAUGCAAUUUCCUGGAACGACCAUGACGCCGAGCGCAUCUCCACGACCUGUCGCCACACCAGAGGGACGAAGACCGGUCGGUCGACCGCCUGGCAAAGGCACUCCAAGCAGGUCCAAUCCGUAUCCAUUCUUGGAGCGUCGUGUCGGACCUGGUCGACCCAAGAAGCAUGAGGCGGCUGCGCGUCAAGCCGCCAUCGCUGCACACGAGGAGAUGCUGCGCAAGCAAGCGUUGCACGACCAGCAAGAGAACAUGACGCAACAGCAGCAAGCUGCCGCUUUUGCCGCCCAGCCCAUCCCGCAGUGGCAGCAACAGCAGCUUCUCCAGCAACAACAGCAUCAGCAGCAAUUGGCACUCCAACAGCAACAACAGCGUCUGGCGCAGCAGCAGCAACGUCGUCAACAGCAACAGCAGCAACAACACCAACAGCAACAACAACAGCAGCAGCAUCAGGCGUAUUUGGAGCAGCAGAGGCAGCUCCAACAGCAGCAGCAGUACUCACACGGACUCAGCCCGUCGCCGAUGCAUCAGAUGCUGCCACCUGGUACUCCUGGUGCCGUUCACUCGCCGUUUGGAAGUGGCAUGCCUGUCGGCGAGCCUCCCUCGCCUGUCAAGCGCAAGGAAGUCGUGCUGCCGGCCGAGCCCAAGGAGCCAAUUGCGAUCGAGGGGAUCGAACAUCGUGUGCCGCUGGUUGCCAACUUUGCGAUUGGGAUGGAGGUCGAAGAGCCCGACGGACAGACGCUGGCCGUACCGCCGCUCGAGAUCAAGAAUGGAGCUGCGACGCAGCACACGCUCCAGAUCCCACCAAAUGCUUCAAGCAUCACGAUCGAGUUCCCGCUCCGCAUGCUCAACAAGAAGCAGAAGCCGAAGGUUGCCAAGAGCGAAGUGGUGGAGGGUGCGCCUGCGGACGGCGAUGUGUCGAUGGAAGAUGCUGCUCCUGCCAAAGCCAACGGUGAUGGUCGUGAGUCGUCUGCAAAGCCUACAGAUGCUGCUGUCAACGGCAUAAGCGACGCCGACAGCGACUCCCUGACCUGGCCGUGGCAACCAGAACUCUCGUUCAACGGCAAACACACACACGCCAGCUGGACCGCCGCCGACUCCUUCAUCGACCCAGCCCUUCUCGGCGACGAGGACGACGAGGAGAUCGCCACCUCGAUCGGCUACUCGUACUGCAAAGUGCGCCUGCUGCCCAAACGCGGGAUCAAUGUCUUUGAGAUUACGGUCAAGCCUGACCCUUCCUACCCGCCAAUCAGCCAGGUGCCGGCGGAGAGCGACAACUCGCCGGACGAGCUAGACGACAAACCCAGCAGAGCCAUCGAGACGAUGAACCAUGGCGGCAUGGAUCACGGCGGGAUGCCUCACGGAGGCAUGGACCACGGCGGCAUGUCGCACGACAGCUGCAACAUGUCCAUGACCUGGAACUGGGCCACCACCAACAUUUGCAUCCUCACCUCGUCCUGGCGCAUCACCACGCCUCUCUCGCUCUAUCUCUCCCUUUUAAUCAUCUCCUUGUCCGCAGUGGCGUACGAGUAUCUGCGGUUGUACAUUCGACGGUUGGAUGCGAGGCUGGCGCGUUCUUCUUCGUCUGGGGUGGGAAGCCAUCGACGGCGCGCGUCGGUACUACCGACCACUGCGGGCCGUGCUGGCAGUGGCAUUGGGGAGAGACGCACGGGCAACGGGCCGAAACCAAGACGCGAGGGAGCAAGACCAAGCUGGGUCAAACCACUGGAGACAAGAAGAAGAACCCAAAUCUGGAGAUCGGUGUUGUACGCAACGAGCGUCGGCAUGAGUUUCGGACUGAUGCUGAUCAGCAUGACGUUCAAUGGCUGGGUCAUUGGCGCAAUCAUCGUUGGCGCGGGGUUGGGACACUACCUGUUCAACCGAGACCUCGGAGCGCUCUGGAGCGGUUCGACGCAAGAUAGCGGUCUCGCAUGUCACAUGUGA